AUGAAUACUUACGUAUCGAGUUCGAAUGGUGGAGUUGGUGGUGUCGUUAAUUCAAUUGUCAAAGGAAAAAAGGUACAAUUGGUUACGUCACGUGACCCAGUGACGUUACAUAGAAUAUUUGAAAACACUGUCGAAAUCAACAUUCGCGAAUCCACAACGCAACAAAUCGCAUUAAUUAAAAACGAUGAAAAAAUUUUAUUUACGGAUUUGAAUAAAUUAUCAAAUAAAUUAGCGAGAGGUAUGAUUAAACGACUUCCGGUUAAUAAUACACAAAUCGGUAACGUCGAUGGCGAUAUUAUUAUUUCCGUUUGUAUGAAACCUUCAAUCGAUUUGAUAGUCACUCUACUUGCCAUAUGGAAAAUGGGAGCCGCGUAUUUACCCCUGGAUGUGGAUUUUCCGAAAAAUCGUAUAAAACACAUUUUGGAUGAAAGUAAACCCGUCAUGACGAUAACGGACGUUUCCGACGUCGGCGAUGAAUUUACGUCUAUGACAAAAUAUUCGGAAUUGAAAAAUUUUUCAUCGAAUUUUCCGGAUAAUAAUUUAUCCGAUGUCGAAAUGAUAAAACCUAACACAUCGAAAAACGAAUAUAUCGGUGCUGUUUUAUACACGUCUGGAAGCACGGGAAUACCUAAAGGUGUAAGAAUUUCACAUUUGGCAAUAUUAAAUAGAUUAAAAUGGCAAUUUCGAACAUUUCCUUAUUCCGCAACUGAAAAAAUAUGCGUUUUUAAAACGGCAUUAACAUUUGUCGAUUCCAUUUGCGAAUUGUGGGGACCGUUAUUAAACGGUCGUACCUUAUUAAUUUUAUCUAAGGAAGAAACCAAAAAUCCGGAAAAAUUAACGGAAAUAUUAAAUGAAAAUCAGGUAGAAAGGUUGGUAUUGGUACCUACACUUUUACAAUCCAUUCUAAUGUUUUCCAAUAUGAAAGAAGAAGAUUUUUUACCAAAAUUAAAAUUAUGGGUUUGUUCCGGGGAGACAUUGCAACCCUCGUUGGCGCGAAAAUUUUUCCAACGUUUUCAAAAUGAGAAAAUUUUAUGUAAUUUUUACGGGAGCACGGAAAUCAUGGGUGACGUCUCAUAUUACGAAAUAAGAACGGAAAGAGAUUUAGAAACCGGACAAACUGUUCCCAUAGGUAAACCCAUCGAUAAUUGCGUUCUUUACAUACUCGACGAACAUCAUCAUCCGGUUAGAGGAGGAGAAAUCGGUGAAUUAUACGUUUCCGGUUUGAAUUUAGCUUCCGGUUAUGUAAGAGGAAGAGAUCCAGAUAAAUUUUUAGAAAAUUUUGUCGAACCGGAUAUAGGUCAUUUUAAACUUUACAAAACGGGAGAUUUUGCAAGGGUUGAUAAAAAUAUAAUUUAUUACGAGGGUAGAAAAGAUCAACAGAUAAAAGUUCGAGGGCAUAGAGUCGAUUUAUCGGAAAUCGAAUCGGCAUUAUUAAAAAUCGAUGAAAUCGAUAAAUGCGUCGUGUUAACAUAUCGACCCGGACAAAUCGAUCAGACCGUCAUUUCCUACGUAAUUCUCAACAUUGAUAAUAAUAAUAAUAUAACGGAAACGGAAAUAGAAAAUAAAUUAAAAAAAUUAUUACCCUCAUACAUGAUACCGCAAAUAAUAAUAAUCGAUAAAUUUCCACUUUUAGUCAAUGGAAAAAUCGAUCGUCAAACAUUAUUAGCUAAAUAUAAAGAUGAAAAUUAUUCAUCGAAGGUGAUUGAUAAUAAUAAUAAUAAUGCAAUGGAUUUUACGGGAAUACCGGAAAAGGAUAUGGAAAAAGCAAAAAUAUUAUUCGAUGUCGUUUUAAAUGUUUUGGGUAAAAGUUUAAGGGAUUCGAUAAACGUUAAAUCGAAUUUUUAUUCGCUCGGUGGAAAUUCGAUAAAUUCCGUUAUGGCCGUUAUUAUGAUACAAAAUCGUGGAUAUAAUUUAGGUAUAGGUGAUUUUAUAUUUAGUAAAAAUUUGAAUGAAAUUAUUGAUAAAAUGAUAAAAAAAGAAAAUCAAUCCAAAGAUGAUGAUGAUAAGAUUUUAAAUGGUGGUGGGGAAGGAGGAGGAGAAGGAGAAGGAAAAAAAAAUAAUAAACAAUAUAAAUCCGUUAUGUUAAAAGAAGAACAUAAAAAUGAUGUUUUCGACAUAAUCGCAUCGAGUUUUUACGAAAAAGCAGAUUUGGAAAGACUUUUAAAUCCACCGGUUAAAUUUGAUGAUUUUAUCGAAUUGAUGAAUGUUUUAUGGCCUCAUUUAUUGGAUAAAAAUCUGUCGUUUGUCGCAAUCGAUAAAAAUGACGGAAACGUUAAAGGUGUUGCAUUAAAUUUCGAUGCAUUCGACGAACCGGAAGUAAAAAUAAAUCCAAAUAAUAAAUUAAACGUUACAUUUGAAUUUUUGGAAUAUUUAGAAAAACCGUUGAGAGAAAAAAAAUUACCAAACGGUAUAAAUAAAGUCCUACACAGUUUCAUGAUGGGUUCUAGAACAAAUUUAACACCACAAGAAACGAUAGAAAUAUUUUUUUUCAUGGAAGAUGAAAUAUUAAAAUUGGGUAAAGAAAGAAAUUUCGAAGGAAUAUUUACGACAAAUACAAAUCCUUUAACUCAACAAAUCGGAAGUGACGUAAACAAUUAUGAAACGUUAUUAGAUUAUCAAGUUAACGAAUAUGUUGCUCCGGACGGAAGUAAACCAUUUGCAACGGCUUUGGAUAGUCAGAGAACGAUCGUUUCCUGGAAAAAAAUUUAA